CAUCCCACUCAACCCCAGAUUUAGAUUUAGCAAAUCCGCACCAGUCGCAACACAUCCCUGAAUUGUCUUUCCAGAGCAGCUUCAUUCCGCCCAAUUCGACACGCAGAGGACCAUACGGCAUGGUUACUUAUCCGGCUACCUCGUAAAGCGAUCAAUUGCAACAUUUGCCGGACAUAGCAAGCAUGUUGUCCCUCCUUCCAGACCUAGCACCACGCGAUUCACACUCACUAUGGUACACAUCAACCCGCAAUCCCCUCUCGACCCCCAACCUCGACCCCUACACCCCAAACAACCAGCCACACCACCACCAACAGCAACAGCAGCAACAACAACAAGACGGCGCCACCGGGGCUAACCACCGCGGGGCACGCCACCUAAUCGAAGCUUCACCGCUCGCGCGUCUCCGGUCCGAUGAGCAGAACCUGGAACGGCGAAGGCAAAAUGUAGCGAGUUUCGGAAGCACAUGGCUGAAACCCCUCGGCGUGCCCAAGACCCUGCACCAGCUGCGCGAAGAGCGUCGGGAGGCGGAGGAGCACGCCGAAGCCAUGCGGCGCGAAGCCCUCGCGCAAGAACUCGCUGAAGCGGAAGCUGCUGGUGUGGGUGUGGGUGGUGAUGUCGAUGCUAUGCUGGAUGAUGUACAGCAAGGCGGUGAAGGUGGGGAUGACGGUGUUAUGGACGACGUGCAGCUAGACGGGGCUAGGGACUUGGACGAUGAUAUACCAGAAGCCGAGGAUGCGGAUUUUGGUGCUGGGUCUGAUGAUGAAGAGGAUGAGGACGAAGAAGAUGAUGAUGAACAAGAGGAAGAAGAUCAGGAGCAGAGAGUCGCGCGAACGCAGCAGCAGCUUAUGGCGCAGCGUAUGCGCCAAGCCGAUGAUGCAUUCCGUGAGUCCAUGGCCCGUGGGCGGGACGACGUGAAUUACUACGGCGUAGACGAUGAAGUCGACGACGAAGACCAAGCGCAGAUGAUCGAAGAAGACGACCUAGCCGGUGGUGGAGACAUGGACAUGGGUAUGGACGCUAACUUAGAUGACGACAUCCCCGAAGCCGAGGACGCAGGUUAUGAGCAUACGGACUCGGAAGCGGAUUUGAGCACUAGCAGUGGCAAUGACGAUGACCGAGCCGAGAUGAGCUUUGCUGCGCAUGCGUCCCAGUCCCAACCGCAACCACCUCAGCAGCUGCAGUCUAGAUAUAGGCACGGCUUAGCGCGAAGCGAUGCGACGCGUAAUAGCAUUACUAUUAGUGAUAUACUAUCCCACGACGGCAGCAUGCUGGGAAGUAGCCCGGAAGUACAACGACGCAACAGCGGAGCGGCCCGUCGUCUCGGGCGAGGUUGAUCCGUGAAGGAACACUAAGAUUUUAUGAUUCAUGACAUAACGUCUUUCCUCUAUUCAUCCAUUAUUUACAUCUGCAUUCACCUUAAGAUACCCAUUACUACUUUACAUCCUUCUCUACCUUACUCCCCUAAUGAGAUGGUUUCCGGAACCAAACAAGUUAGCCUUAGUAUCAUUAAUACCAAAUUAAUGCCC